AUGGCUGUCAGACCCACAGGGCAAGCUUCAACAAGCGCUCAACCGGAUUCAGCAGCACCCUCGGCUGUGGCUAGAAGACCCUUCCAUCGGAGCAUGACGGCACCUCUCAGCACCCGCAUGGGUGCGCUCAGACAUCCUGGGAGCAGCGGCAUUGCUGCAUCAAAGGUUGGCAGUGGUCAGCAAGUGGAUGGUGGUCUCGUCACUGCUCAGUCCGAGGAGGAGCCUAGCGACCGAAGUAUGAAGGAUGGCACGUCAGAAUCGCAGCCGGGUGAAAGUGUGUCACAAGAACAUACCGACGCUGAUACUCUGGUCAAUGAGCAACUUCGAACGGCGAGCACCACGAAGAGCAUGAUUGCGGAUCAGAGGCAGAUGAAUGGACGUGAAUUGUCCACCGUCGUCGCAGAUACGCUCCAGCUUCCGAUCAGCACCUUGAUGCAGAUCAUCCCGCCUCAUCUCUUGGAUCCGUCGCAUGAAAGGCUCAGUGCGAUGAGCUUGCAAAUACCUGUCGCUAGCGUGGAAGCGCUCUUAGAAUCCUUCAGAGUCCUCAACUGGAUUUGCGGACGCAUGAGCAACGCUGCAUUUGGAGCUCAAAACCCUACGGUUGCUGUGCAGCCUUCUCAGCUCGCAUCAGGGCAGGUGGAAAAGGAGGCUGGAGGGGGCGAAGCAGCCGAAACUCUCGACGCAGGCGACCAAAGUAUACAAUCUUGUCCCAGCUCGGAGUCACGUCCGGGUCCAAGUCAAGUUGCUGCUAAACGCGACCGAUCAGCGCCACGACGACGGAUGAUGCAAAACUCCAGCAGUCAGUCAUUGGAGCCGAUCGAGUCUCUAGGCAUGGACGUAGAGGCGGACUUCGAUUUAUUGGAAUUAUCUCAGCGCGUGGCGGACGUUGUAUCAGGUCAAGCAGCGGAGAAAGGGAUACAGCUGGUCCUCACGGAAGCGGGGAGCGAGCUGAGAGCACCAGAAGGUGACAAACUCAAAGCUGCUUAUAGUGUGCGAGGCGACGAAGGCGCCACGAGGUUCGCGGUUAUGCAGGUAAGUGGUGAUGGAUUCAAUCAUUGCUGAAUACUCUUCCCACUGCUGACUCGUUUGUCGUCACCUUGGCUAGCUACUAGCCCGAGUCAUAGAUGCGUCAUCUCCAAGAACAGUCGUAGAAUGUGGCCCGCUGGUCGAUCGGGCAGUCACCUCCGACCAGGAUGAUGCUAACGCGAACACCGCACAACAUCAGCUCGAAUGUACGUAUGCGGUCUCGCUACACGGUGACCAAAAUUUGUCCAGAGACUGCAAGAUAGUGCUGGACGAUGCGACUACCCAGCUGCUCCGAUCGGUAGGCGCAGAAAUCCUCCUCGAUCACCCCUCGUCUUCCGAGCGCGAGACAACAGGGAGGUCAAGGUGGAUCCUGAAGCUGCCUUUGAGGCCCGGUUCACCACUUUUGGAAGCAAAGCACAGAGAGCCAGCCGAAACAGAGGCGCGCCAGCGCUUUUUGCCAGCGCUGGAGCUUGCGGAGGAGCCGUCUGCUGCUGACCUGGAGGAGUUUGCUCAGAAGGAGCUGCGAGGCAGAAAGAUUGCGCUUCACGCAUCGCACACCAGCAGAUUCGCGCAGCUUCUUUCCGCACAGCUGGGAGCGCUGGGCUGCGAAACUGCGCACUUGCCUCUUGAAGGCGACGCUGGGAAUUGGGAAGAGACGAGGUCGUGGACUGGGACAGGUGCCGAGGACGAGAGUAGCUUGCCAAGAACGGCGAUCGCCCUAUCUAGAGACAAUAGGCCCAGCUUGAUUCACUAUCCGAGCAAUGUUGGCAUGGGCGUGGAGCUCGCCAGAGGACCUCAACCGUCACAUGAUAGGUCGAACAGCGACGACACGGCUGUUUUGGAUCCGGUCACCGGUGUGCCGGUGGUUUUGCACGCUAGCGCGAUGAUUCAGGCUCAACCGCAGAAGGCGACUGGGCACGCAAGCUCCGACCAAAAGCCUGGCUCUCCGCUAGCGUCGGGUAGUGGUGACGGCGAGAAGCGAGGUCAAGACUCGACUACUAAAGGUCCACUGCCGUUUAGCUUCGUGCUGAUCGACGACGAUAUCGAGACGUUGCAGAGAGAGCUUCUUCGAAUGCGCUCAGCAACGACCGUCUUGAGGUCCGCCCUGGGCCCAUCGAAGUCGACCAGCAGCAAGCCUGCAAGCGUCCAGCGCGUAAUGAAUGACGGGCGCGUGACUUCUGACCACGCCGGAUACGCACCCCAAACGUAUGCAAUCAUUCAUUUCACGAGCUUGAAGAAGUAUCGCAUCGUCCGGGACGCUAUCCAACCUAUCGUCGAAUCAGCAGCUGCGCAAAGAGCACCCCUUCCAGAGGUCAUCGUCAUCCCGCAGCCUUUGGGCAUUCGGAGACUACUGACGGCAAUGCACACGGCUGUGCACAAGCCUUUGGUGGAUCCCUUCUUCUCCGCGAUCGCUACAAGUCCAAUGUCACCCAGCACCGCACCAGCUCUGAAACAGGUGAACGGAAGCGCCCCAGCCUUGCCUUCGCCUGGUAUUGUCGAGGUGCCUAGGAUGCUUGAUAUUCAAGGAGCCGGCGACGCUGUGCCAGACUCGCACGGACGGUCAGAAGCCAUCGAUACUGCCUCUAAGCUCGGAGCAAGUGUCGGCCUGGCUGCAGGCGAACUUCGCACCCACGAAACGCGCGCGGCGGAACCAAAGGAUGUUAGUCGACACCCCGCUCUGCAUUUAGAUAUGCCACCCAGAGAUCCGGCACUGGACCUCCUCGGAAGACAGAAGGCUUCAAUCCCUCAGGAGGCCACCCGAUCUCUCCCCGAGUCCGGAGACGGCGCAAGGAAGCCGUCAGCGCCGCGUCUUGCCAAGUCAUCAGCAACGACCCCUUUAGCCGACUCCGUUCCAGGCAAACAGGGCAUCUCGCGAGCAGUGCAAGCGGUGCCUGCUACAAACCAUCUUGCACCAGGGCUUCCCUCCACAGCAAGCGCAAUGUCUCAUCACAGCGGCGGUAGCCCGUUGCCCUUGGACGCUUUGGGCUACUUCAGUGAGACGGCCUCGAGAUUGGGUAGUCGAGGAGCGUCGGGCAUGGUCAUCCAAAGUCCUGAUGGACGGCCUGCCGGCAUUUUCUUUCAGCCAAGGACCAGCUCACAAGGGAACAGAACGCCCGCAUCGACACGACGAGGCAGCGACAAUAGCAAUCAGCAGCGCUCGUCUGCAGAUGCCGGCUCAUCUCAGCGCACUGGGGAACACACGCGAAGGCAACAGCAGCACAGUGGUGAGCUCACACCAGCCACCCUGAAGAGUGCUCUAGACAAUGAGUCCUCCAAGGCUGCCCGACGAGAACGAAAGACCUCAGCUACGGGAAGCGUCGAAAGCGUUGCAGGCCCUUCCUCUCCACGGAGCUGGAACUAUCCUGCUGGCUCGCUCUUCGUACCGCAGGUUGGCAUUGAAAGCAUUUUGAGCGGAGGCAGGCCGCCACUUGCCACUCCUUUAGACGAAAGCGCACGCGCGAGCGGCGUGUGGGAGCCUAGCAGAGCGGAAACUGCUUCCCAGCAUGGCACUGGACCAUCUGCGUCAGCUAGUCCUUUGAGCCGAGUUCUUCCACCUCGAAGCACCCAGCAACCCUUGAUAUCCGCGCUGUCAAAUGUGUCUCUCCCGAAAGCAUCAGCAGCAGGGGCGCCCUCCACGAUUGCCGAGAGCGCCAAAAGUACAGUGCCAGAACAUCCUCACUCCCCCAUUCAAAAGGAAGAGUUGGCGCCAGCUCCUCUCGGCGAAGCGGGAGAUAGGAUACCUGAGUCACCGGUCGCUGCGAUAAAUCCCAUCAGUGCAGCUAGACACUCUUUCGCCGCGCCUCAAAGUCAAGAGUCCCGGCGGCCGAGCGCGCAACCGCAGUCUGGUCUUCUGAUUGGUGCUGGUUUCGCACCCAAGGCGAAGAAGGGCACUGGACCUAAGCCUGCUCCGGUGCGCCAAAAAGUGCUGCCGCCUAUCAAGGUGCUAAUCGUAGAAGGUAAGUAUGACGUAGUCGGACAUCGACUCGCACUGCUGCUGACGCGUGUGCACCUGAUUCACGACUCUGCAGACAAUCCGAUCAAUCAGGCUAUCUUGCAGAAGUUUAUGAAACGCAAGCAGAUUUCGUGGGAAGCUGCACGAGACGGACGGGAAGCGAUCGACAAGUGGGCCAAGGGGGGCUUCCACUUGAUCUUGGUACGUCUGUCCUGCAGAAAUCAACUGGAUUCCUAGCUGAAAUUUUGGUCUCUCCCCUCAGAUGGACAUUCAGCUCCCCGUGAUGGACGGAAUCGAAGCAACCAAAGAGAUCAGAAAAUUGGAGCGCCUGGACAACGUCGGACUACCCUCUACGACACCACCCGCUAGCCAGAUUACGACGGGCGUCAAUGCUGAGGAUGUCCAAGUCGCACCAGCAAAGCAAGCUAGCGAAGCCUUCAGCGUUCCAGCUACUCCAUUCCGCGCCUCAGUGAUCAUCGUAGCCUUGACGGCAUCAGUCCUUAACAGUGAUCGAGUAGCUGCCCUUGCAGCAGGCUGCAACGACUUCCUCAACAAGCCAGUUGGUGAGUUGAUCUCCAGAAGGUCAUGCAUCAUGUCUUUGUCUUUGUGUGCUGAUCACUGGCAAUGCUCGUUGCUGGACAGACCUGAAUUGGCUCGAGAGGAAGCUGUGGGAAUGGGGCAGCAUCCAGUACAUUGUGCUCUCCGGACAGCUCUCAACGGCCGCAAGAAAGGCCAGCGCAGGCGGACGAGGCGCUCUGGAGGAGGCUCGCGGAAACAGAGAAGUGCAACGAGGCUUCGGAUCGGGUCCAGAUGCUCUGGCGAAGAAGAUUGCCGAUUCGUUGCACAUUGUCCGGAAAAGCAGUCCUGCGCCAGCAGCGUCACCGAAUGCCAGCGUCAAGAAGGCUGCGCCCAAGCCGGACUUAUGA